AUGGCAUCUUCGUUCAAGAGUGUGGUUAGCAUCACGCACGUUACCACCGCCACUGCUAUCAUCAACAUUGACGGCAUCAACUUCCUCACUGAUCCGGUGUUCUGCCCUGCUGGAUCACAAUAUAUCUACGACGGCUGGGCAAAGGCCCCAAACCUCAAGGAUUAUGGGUUUGAAGGCCGCCCGCCCGCGGGUGUCCUCCGAAGCAUUGAAGGCCCAGCAUUGCAACUUCACGACCUUCCUCCGAUCGAUGCGGUCCUGCUAAGCCACGAGGAUCAUGUGGACAACUUGGAUCCCUUGGGCCGUCAGCUUCUGGACGGUCGCAAGGUCUUCACGACUCCCGACGGAGCGCAUAACCUACAACCCCGACCAGGAGUCGUCGGUCUUCGCCCGUGGGAAACCGUUUCCGCCACGAUCGGAGGCAAGGAGUUUCGCAUUACUGGAACCCCGUGCAAGCACUUUCCAGGAGGCGAGGUGACUGGCUUCAUCUUAGAGUCGGAAUCCUUUGGUUUCAACGACGCGGGCCUCCCCAACGUUGUGUAUUUCUCCGGAGACACCGUGUAUCUCGACGAAUUCGAGAAGAUCAAAGACAAGUGGAACAUAUCCGUUGCAGUUCUCAAUCUUGGGAACGCACUUUUCUCCCACCCGAACGGCAUCAUCCAAAUCACUUUUGACGGCAAGCAAGCGGCCCAUUUCAUGCGUGUGACUGGUGCCCAGAUCAUGGUGCCGAUCCAUUUCGAGUCCUGGGAGCACUUCACCGAGCACCGGGAAGAUCUUCUUCAGGUGUUUGAGAAGGAAGGAGUGGCUGACAUCGUCCGCUGGCUCACUCCAGGGGUGGAGACCCGGAUUAUUUAG